AUGUCUGGGUGGAGAUGCCUCAUCUGUGUCAGGUUUUUGAUGACCAUCCUCCUUGAACUGAUAUACCAGAGACCUCCUGGCCCCACCUCACCCAGCACAAAACUGUUGAUAACAAGCUAUUGCAUACAUUCUACUGUGCCUUCUCACUGUGCUCACACCUUGAUCAUCUCUGUCCUGUUCAAGUCACAAGCUGAGGCCCAUAAAGCCAUUUUUGACCUGCAUCUGCCUCACCUUGCCUUUAUCUCCAAUUUCACUAUGACCAUCAACAAUGAAGUCUACGUUGCAGAAGUCAAAGAGAAGCACCAGGCAAAGAAAAUCUAUGAAGCUGAUCAGCAGGGAAAGACAGUUGCUCAUGUAGGCAACAGAGACUGGAUAUCAGACAAGUUUGGAAUCUCUACUAGCCUGGCAGCAGGUACAGAGGUGACUUUUCCCCUGGUCUAUCAGGGGCUGCUGCAGUGGCACCAGGGCCAGUACCUGGUGCUGGUUAGCCUGAGGCUUGGCCAAUUGGUCACAAGGCUGAGUGUAGAGGUCACAGUGUCAGAAAGAAUAGGCAUUGGCUAUGUUCACAUACCGUCUCUGAGGGCCAGCCGCCUCCGAGGGAAUGUCCAUACAGGUGAGGCUGACUUGCCCCCAUCCACCAGGAUUGAGAGGGGAGAGACCUGUGUCUGAAUCACCUUCUGCCCAACACUGCAAGACCAGUCUGCCUUCUCCAGCUCAGGCAUCUUGGCCCACUUUGUGGUCCAGUACGAUGUAGUCAUGGAGGGCAUCACUGGAGACGUGCAGAUUUACGAGGGCUAUUUUAUUCAUUACUUUGCCCCCAGAGCCCUCCCACCUGUCAAGAAAAACGUGGUAUUCCUUAUUGACAUGAGCGCUGGCUCUAAGUUUGGCACCACGAUGAAGCAGACUGAAAAGGCCACGAAUGUGAUCCUGGGUGACCUGCGGGUCAACGACCACUCCAACAUCAUCACCUUUUCUGACUCGGUUAGUGUCUAGAAAGCUGGAGGCUCCAUCCAGGCUACCAUCCAGAAUAUCCACAGCACCAAGGACUACCUGGGUCACAUGGAAGCUGAUGGUUGGAAGGACCAAAUGUUCACCCAGCUCUGCUAAACCAUAGCAAUGCUAGACCACAGCAAUCAGGAGACUGGACGGGGCCCCAGUGCGGGGAGGAUUCCUCUCAUCAUCUUCCUGACAGAUGGGGAGCCCACAGCCAGUGUGAUGACCCCCAGGGUGAUCCUCUCCAACAUCUGUCAAGUGCUGGGCAACAGGGUGUCCCUUUUCAGUUUGGCCUCUGGGGAUGAGGCUGACUUCCCAUUGCUGUGUCACCUGCCCCUGGAGAACUAGGGAGCAGCCCGGUGCAUGUAUGAGGGCACUGAUGCAUCCCUACAGCUGGAGGACCUCUAUGAGGAGGGCCUCUCCAUGCCUCUGCUGGCAGACGUGCAUCGGGACUGCCUGGGUGGCUUGGUUGGGGCUUCCCCUUGGGCCUUUCCCCCCAGUUUUUCUGGGGGCUCAGAACUGGUGGUGGCAGGACAAGUGCAGGCAGGCAGGCAGGCAGGCAAGCAGGAACUGGGCAUCCACCUGGCAGCCCGUGGCCCCAAGGGUCAGCUUCUUGUGGCCUGCCACAGUGAGGUGGCCACCAACAGCAGCCAGAAGAACUUUGGUGUCCCAGGGGAGCCAGCCUACAAUGUAGCCCACUUCACCGGCUGCCUCUGGGCCUACAUCACCAUUGGAGAGUUGCUGAGGGGCUUCCCAGCCCAUGACACCACCACUCUCCACCUGCUGGCUGCCAAAGUCCUCAACCUGUCCCUUGAAUACAACUUUGUCACACCUCUGACUUCACUGGUCAUGGUGCAGCCCAAGGAGGCAAGUGGGAAGGCCAGGAUACAGACUUCCACUGCAGCUGGACCAGGCACCAUUAUGCCCUCACCCACCAGCAGGCAUGGCCUAGGGACAGGCACAGCCCAGUCAGCCUUGGUACCCAAGGUGUCUCCCAAAUCAAGGCUUGUGAAACCAAGGUCCUAUUUAUCCUCAACGACUCCUGCCUCUAUAGAAAUUAUGCCCAGUUCCAAGGAGUUGGAGCCGCUGGGUCAGAGCACUAGUACCCUAUCCACCCCAGCACACCCAAAGCCCCCAAAUCCAGCACAACAGGAUUCUGGACCUUUGGUUCAGCCCACUCUCAGAAUAAAAAUUGCUGCCUUUGGGCCCUCAAACUCUGGUGCCCUGUUGCUUACGAAGCCCAGCGCACCAUCACACCAGAAUCCUGGUACCCUAUUACCCAUGAAUUCCAAGACACAAGUCCCACCUCUGAAUCCUGGCACCCUAUCCCAGCCCAAAGCUGGCAUUAUGAAACAUGUUAUUCCACUGCCCUCCAAACCUGGUGCUCCAUCACAACCCAAACUGGGUGUUCUAUCACACUCUCAACCUGGGGUACUCACAUCACAGUCACCCAAAAGCUUGCCACAGCCCAAGCCUGGAGUCUCCACACUUCAGAUCCUCAAAUACCUACCACACACUAGACCAAAUGUUCCUGCUCACAAGACCCCAGACAAUCUGUCACACCCUAACCCCAGGAUCCUCUUACCUUAGACCCCUAAGAUAAUCCCAUCACCUCUUAAAUCUAGUACCCCACCUCCCCAAAAUUACCCAAGCUUAUCAUUUUCCAAACCUAAGACCCCAAUCCCCAAUAAACCCAAAACCCCAUUACCCCCCAGACCUGCCAGACCUAUGCCCCCACCUCCUCAGGAUCCAAGCACAUUCACAAGCACAACCUCAAGUCCCGCAAGUCCCAGCAGUACCAUGACCACCUCUGUCCUUGGAGAAGCCCUCCCUAUUACCUUUGACUCCGCCUUGCCCUCAGCUGCCCCGAGAAAGCUCUGGCAUCAGCAUGACCUGCUGCUGGGGCCCCAAAGCACCAGGCAAAUUCUGGGACUCUCUGUGUCAGAAGUCCCAACAAUGAGCCUACCGAGCAGCUCCAGGCCUGUGCCAGAAGGCAGCCCCCCAAACCUGCCAGUCUUGCUGCCUUCUGGCACCCUCCCUGAGGCAGUCAGCCUACUCCAUCUCCCUGAGGAGCUAGAGCUGCUGUCUGAGUCAAUGGUGGAGUCCAUGAUCAUGGAGUCCUUGAAUCCACCGGCUUUCUAUACCUUCCUCACUCCUGAUGAAGAUGGUGAGUGCCAUGGGCAAGAGGUCAAGCCAUGCGGGGGAGGUAUGAAUGGAGAGCUCCAGGGAUUGGGAGCGUACAAGGCUUCUGCAGAUUCUAGUGAUGACAGUUGCCUGAUUGCUUGCUUUGAAACUUUGAAUCAGCGGCUUAACCUCUCUGGGCCUCAGUACAUAAGCACAGAAUUAGGGGAGGGAUGUUAA